CUUGCACUAAUCAUCGCUAUUUUCGCGUGUUUGGAAGAUUAUACGAUGAAUUUCGCAAGGUCGCGAUUGCGAUCGAGCGAUGAAAGAAACACAAUGGUCAAGCACACGCGACGACAGUCAUGUAGUGUAUGCGUGACUUUCCGCCGGGACUCACCACGAACACAAGCCUGUCACAGUUUGGCACAACCUUCAAAGACCUUCAAGCCGAGUGUUUUAUCAGUUUUGACCGUCACGGGUUUAACCAACAUCCGUCACUUCUCAGUCUCCAUAUGAGUAACGUAAACAGUGUUUCAAAAAAACAAAACACUCAAAAUAUUUUGACAAAAAAUCCCGAGAUCGCGAGUAAAGACCGCCAUUUUGAAACACGUUCUUUAUAUGUACAUGUGUACGAGGAGUCCUGGGGUAGAAAAGCUACCUCACGUUUUUCAUUCGCCUCGUCAUGCAUUCUCGUCCCCAGAGGCCUCGCUCCUUUUAUAGUCAGCACCAAGGGUCGCGAUUCUUGGUGCUGACCUAAAGGAGCGCGGCCUCUGGGGACGAGGACGCUCGUCAUGCAAAGACAAGCUUAAGACAUCAUGCCCGGAGCAACUUUCAAGUCAAAUUUGCUCGAGGAAGUUACAAAGUUCCGUUUGCGUUCUGUCAAUUCUCCCGUGUAAAAUGAGAGAGGAAAUAAUAACCCUGUGGUUUAUUCUUCACGAACAGAUUGCGAAACUUAGUGGCCGGUUGAGCUAAAAUUGGGACAGGCGCUUCAUAAUUCAAAACUCAACUGCACAAUCUGUAGUGUAAAUUUAAAUUUUUGUCCGCAACUCCUUGUUCAUAUGGCGAUUUCACUCAUUCUGUCCCCAAUUUCUGUCGAUCUGUUGAUCAACGGUCGACCGUACGGCAAUUCGUUUCUUCGUGUUUGACACAGAUGUGGUGGUAUUUUUUCCACUUGCUCGAGCAAAUUGGAAUUAAAAAUUAAGUUGCAAGCCGCCUCAAGCAAACUGUUUAUCAAUAUUGGAAUAUUGCAUCGCGACAUUGCAGGGUUCUUGUUAAAGAACAUGCCUUUUGACUGUUGCUGUUGUAUUUUUGCCAAACUGGAUUGUCGACUGAAAGCUGGCAAAUCUAUUUAUUUAUCUAAAAAUCUUGCUCUUAGAAAACAGCUGCCUCGUCACAUAAUAAUUCAAUCCUCAGCAGGAAAAACUCUUGUGUGGGAUGAAGAGUUUUGUCCAAGCUUUCAGACCAGUUAUAGAAAAGACGAAAAUAAAAUACAAACAUAAUUUUUGUGUUCGUGCGUAAUGUAGUUGCUUGAGGCUUAACAAAGAAUUUUGAACACAGUUUACAUGUGCCACGGUCACGUGAUCCAGCCAAGCAAGCACCUGCUUUGUCCAAGCUUGGUUACUCAGGUCUUGUCGCAAACAAAGCCAAGCCGACUUUCAAGUUUCUUAGUGGCCACUUAACUAACGUGCCUGACGCCGAUUUGCUCAACUUAUCGCCAUGGCAACUCAGCCCACCGACAUGCAGCAACGUGACUCAGUGAAAUUCAGGUAUCAAUCAGGUGAUUUAAAAUCAGUCUAUUUAUUUCGCUUUUUAUAACACGUGUAAACAUUUCGUCCUAGCGGCACGGUCGUGACCACGGCGAUGAAAAUCGCGACAAACUCAGCAGCGAUAUUUUUUCUCGUUGUUGUGUGUCCGCCCGGCGUUUUUAGCGAAAUUUGCCAGCGGUUAAACCCGUCUUUAUUUCAAAGAUGUAUCAAAGCAGGGCACAAUUACACAGCAUAUUUCCCGAGUAAUACGACACUUCAUGAAAAUAUCAUAGCAUAUCACAUAGAGCGAGAAGCGCGACAGUUUGGACAAUGUUCAAAAUAUCUCGAUACAAUAUUGUGCUCUAUUUUCGUUCCUAAAUGCGUCGAAGAUCUCUACAGUCCAGUUUUGCCAUGUAGAAGGGUCUGUGAAGACUUUGUCAGGGACUGCGAGUUAAAGGUAGACUCCGAGAGAAUUGAGUGGAUAAAAGGGCUUUGUCAUUUGUUGCCUUAUUCCAUAGCGAACAAGAGCGACCGAGACGAAUGCUUUCAACCGGCAAAUUAUAAGCCGCGAGUCAACGCUACAACCCCUCUCGUUCAGAGCUGCACCAAACUUAUAAUGUCUUCCUGUUCCUAUCUCGGCUACUCGCAUACCACGCAAACUAAACACUUACAACUGAUACUCGAUAAUGUGCUCAAGGGAAAACUCCACAAAUUUGGAAAUCACUCCGUGUGUUCACCGAUGCUCAAGAAAAUUUUCUGCGCAGAGUUUGCUCCACCAUGUUUUCCACAAGACAAGACAGAAACUGUUCUAAGAACAGUGUGCAAGUCAGACUGCGAGAAUGUGCAGACAGAGUGUCCGGAUUUAUACCGGCAACAUUUUGGAGAAUACAGUUACUGUGAGCAAAUGGCAACAGAACUGAGCGACUUGGAUGGAUUUUGCAAACUGACGAAAUGGCCGACUGCCGUACGAUGGCCUUCACGACCAAAUCCUACAAUAAAGCCCAGUCUCCGCAGUUCAUCAAUACCAGCCGCUACGUCUUCCACACCGUCGGCUGGUUCAUUCGUUCCCAGACCUGUCACGCUGAGGGCCAAGAUUUCCCUGCCAGUAGUCGCUAUCGUUGUGUCUUCUGUUGUUAUUGCGCUGUCAGUAAUCGCUGUUGUAAGUGUGCUCUUGCUGCGAAAACGACGACCAUUCACUGAGGGGUGGACGGUAAGGGGAUAUCGGCGUCAUCCCUUGAACGAAUGGGAAACUUCAGUGUCGAUAAAAACGUGAGCCCACGCGCUCCUUUUAGCAUUGCGGUUUCGUCCUUGGUAUCACGCUUGAACAGAUCAUCCGCGAUCCACGAACUGUUCACGUUAACAACUCAAGGUACAAUCAAACACAGAACGUGAUAUUUCUGAGCAAACGGCAGGUGAUUUUGACCAGAAGGUCAUGUUCUUUGUUUCAUUUGCUCUUUGGAAAAAUUUAAAUCUUUCGGACAGCCAAGUUGUGCCAACGGAGAUAAUGAAAACAACAACAUGCUAAGAAUGAACAAUAACGAGCACUGCAUUGGAUGAAAAUGCAUAAGCGCUGCACAUUGAAGCAAAUUAACUGAGCACUAUAAAUAUUGAAGAAGAAAAUGAAGCAACAAUAUUGCUAACACCAAUUAUUUUUAAAUGGCAAUGGAACUACUACGAUUCUCAGUUGAGUAAGGUGCGACGAAAGUUUGGCCAUGGUGACCAGUUUUUAACGAUCAACUUGUGUGGUUGUCACGGAUAACUGACUCCGUUUCCAGUGGCAACUUGUCGGCCUUUGACGUCAUUAGCAACAAAGCGCGAAAUGCAGGCAACGAUACUGUUACCAUUGGAAACGCGGAGCGUGGUCCGUGGCAACACCCUAAUUUUAAGUCCAAAACUUCGUCACCAAAGCUCCGUCGCGCCUUACCCAAGUGAUAAUCGUAGUAUUGAAUUAGUAGCCAAUGAACAGAUCAGAUAUUAAAGAAAAAAAUUAAGUGAGAAUUUAAGUGCGAGCAACAAGUAAGCAGAGACAAAAUGAAGUUCCAAACGCUCUGGAGUGAUGAGCUGGUCUCAUUGUUGACUUCUUACACCUUUAUUUUUUUCAAUCAGGUUUUGCGUUUUUGGUAAAGUUUGAUGUCAAAGGGAGUCUUCCAGGGAGAAAAUCAAGAACUUUUAUUUUGAAGCAAUAAAUUUUCUAACCAGUUCAAA